AUGGCAUUGCAAAUGAGCCUCAAAAUUACUUUUGCCGUUGUGGCAAGUUUGCUGUCAGUGGCUUUGGCAACACCUGGAACAGCCACAUUCUAUACAAGCUAUGUCCCUUCAGCAUGUUAUGGGAGCAAGGGUCAGGGCGUUAUGAUAGCUGCAGCCAGUGAUCCUCUAUGGGCAAAUGGUGCUAUUUGUGGCAAAGUAUUCAAUGUCACAUGCACAGGACCAACUAAUCCUGUUCCACAUCCGUGCACCGGCCGGAGAGUCGUGGUGAAGAUAGUCGACCACUGCCCUGGAUGUGGCGGAACCCUAGAUCUCUCCAAAGAAGCUUUCGCCACAAUUGCUAACCCUGUAGCAGGGAUAAUCAAAAUCGACUACCGCCAGUAA